AUGUGUUGUUGGACCCUUGAAAUCCUCGACGGGGCUCUGCGCAAAGGUGGGAAAUCAGACGAACUCACGAAUGCCCUCUUGAAGCCGAUUGACUUCUGGCCACUUUCUGUAUUCUUCCCCGGGCGCGUACGACGCAUUAAGAGAGCAAUCGCCACUUACAUGGACAAGUUUGGUCCACAAACCGGGAUCCCCGAGGAUAACGAAGCAGGCUUGGAGGCCGAUUUGCAGUACGAAGAGAAUGGAGACCGUUUCGAGGAACUCUCGGAUGAGGAUGAGGAAUAUCUUUCUUGUCCUGAAUCUUUGUAG